CUAGCACAGGAUAAUGUGUUGCAAGCACGAGGAAGGAGCCAAUUUAAUAAAUUCACGGGCACUUUCUCUUUGUUAGUAACUGCACAGACGCAGUGUAGUGUAGUGUAGCGUAGGUGUCUUUCCAAGGUCUGUGAUCCAACGCCCUUCACCUCUCCACUUCUUUUUCUUAACUCACAUGUAUGUAUACACCAUCUUUCUUCAACUACCACAUUUAAAUCUCUCUUCCCCUUUUCCUAAUUCAAUCUUUAAUUUCAAAGAGGGGAAAACUUCCUCCCAUAUAAAGGGACCUUGGAAUCUUUGUUUAUUGAUUAAAGUAAUUGCCAUUAUAUUGUAGAAACUCCAGCUAAUUUGAAUGUGGGAUCUGGCUUCAUUCUUUAUAUGACCUAACUAAGAUAAGGGAAGAGGAGCAGUUAUUGUGUUCGUGAUUUGUUUAUACAUGUCUGUUCCUUUUACCUCCAUUUGCACUUGGAUUGAGAGAGGUUUAAGAAUCAAGUUUUGAUCAAAGGGUCAUUUUCCUUUACCUCCAAGAGGCAACAAACCAGAUUUUUAGUCGCUAGCUGAAAAUUUUGACAUGCCUCCAGACAGUCUAAGAUCAGCUGUGUACAGAUCCUUUGUCACAUGUGAUGAUCCCAAAGGUGUUGUGGAAUGUAAGACAAUCAGAAAAUCUAAGAUUGACAAUCCACAAAUGGAAAAAAAUGUUGUAAAACAAAGAAGAUGCAACCAUUUGAAUGUGUCUUGUUCAUCAGACAAGGUAGAAAGGAGAGAAACAGUUUACAAAGGAACGGCAGAUGAUCAGUUAUCUUCCGUCCAGCUAAUGGAGGUGUCCAGAGAAGCUCAAAAGCUGAACCAAGUGAUAGACUCAUGGUCCAAGGGUAUGACCUUUGAAAGGCAUUCCAAUGAUAUCUCAAAAGAUUUGUUGAAAGGAGCCCUUGAUUUACAGGAAUCACUAGUGAUGCUAGGAAAGCUGCAAGAAGCUUCUAAACAUAUGGCAAAGUUGAAGAAGAACCAGAAAGAUAAGCCUGAACUUGAUGGAAUAUCCAUUCAAAGAACCAAGUCUGAAAGGAUUUCAGAACACAGGUUAAACAGGCGUGAGUUUCAGAAACCAAGAUUUUCUGUUGAUGGGGCUUCCCUGGAUUGUUUUGAUGAGCUUAGGGAAGUGAUAAGAGACAACUUUGCUAAACAAAAUCUGUUGCCACCAAGUUUUGCUUCAGAAAAGUCUCGGUUUGAAACAAGCAAAGUGGAAUUAUCUCCAGAUCAUCUCCCCUUCACCAGAUUCACUAGCUCAAGUGAGCCGUCCUUUGAAAAGGCGUGUGUUGGUAGAAGGAAAAUGAUUAUAUCAUCGGAUGUCCCAUUCACAAGUUCAAGCCAGUCCUCCAUAAUUCAAUCCCAAGAAGUUACCGCUUUUGAUUCUUCCCCGCCGCAGGUUCAGCAGGAGAAGCCAGACUGGCCAAAUUUAAUUGCCAGACUGAUGGGACUUGAAGAGAUUCCUAGAGAGCCCCAGCAUCAAACUACCCAGAAGCACUUUGAGAACGACAAAGUUGUCAAGCAGAGCAGACCUAUAUUUGAAAUAGAUUUGCCAAAAGCAAAGAAGCCAAUAUUCAUCAGUCACCAGGUGGAUCCAAAAAGAAGAACAUUGGAUGAAAUAAUUGAAACCAUGCAUUUUAAGGGGCUUUUGAGAAGCAAGGCUACGGAUAAAUCUUUUCCUGAAUCUAGUCUUUCAGGUUUGUUAAAUAAGUUUGUUGAUUUUCCACCCAUUGUGAUCAUGAAACCUCUAUAUUCACAGGGUGAAAUGUUUCCUCCCUGUAACCAUGAAGAAAAUCCAUCAGGCUCUAGAAAUACAAUUGGGAAAUGGGAUUCAAAAAAAGAAAGUUCACCUGAUGAUCAGAAGGGAGCUUUGAAUUUCACCAUAUACAGGAAAUUGCAGGCAGGAAAAGAUCAAAAUAAUAGAUUCAGCAAAGAAAAAGGGCGCAAGGAUCAUGGUGAAGCACCUGCAAAAUCAAAGACUCUUCAAGUUCUGAUUGAAGGGAAACAGCCUAAAACAAAGAUUAUAGCUUCUUCUCCUGGAAUGUAUCGUGGUGAAGCAACUAAAAAAUCAAAGAAUUUUGAUGUUCUGAGUCAAGAAAAACAGCCUAAUACAAAGAUUAGAGCUUCUUCUCCUGGCAAGGAUCUUGGUGAAGCACCUGCAAACUCAAAGACACAUAAAGUUCUUCUUCAAGAAAAACAUCCUAAUACAAAGAUCAAAGCUUCUUCUCCUGGCAAGUAUAGUGGUGAAGCACCUGCAAAUUCAAAGACUGUUGAAGUUUUGAUUCAGGAAAAACAGCCUAAUACAAGGACUAGAGCUUCUUCUCCUGGAAAGACCCGGCAACAAAAGAAAGAAGCAAUUGGAAAAAGAGAGGUCGGGGCUCAACGAGUAGCUCCUGCUAUCAGAAACUCUAAAGAAAUGAAAAAUGCCAAAAUCGAGGACCAUGCUAAAUUAUUUCAGGACCAAAGCAAGAUGAGCGCUGUGAAAGUGAGAAAACCAGAGCGAAAGCCAUUGGCUGCACAAGCAAAAAGUACUAUAUAUGAUACUAAGGGCAUCACAACCACUGCAUCUCAUAACUCCAUUAAGAGGAAGAAGAAUGUUAAAGCUGACAAGUCCAUUAAGAGUACCCCCGUUGCUACGGUUGACAACAUGGAACACAAGGAUGAAAGUAUAGAAAUGGUGCAGGCAGUAGAUAAAGACUCCGAUGUAGCCAUAACUGAAGUUACAUCCCCAGAAGAGCUUCAGUUAGGAAAAGUGGCUGAUAUCUUUGAGAAUCUUGUCACCGAUAAUACUUUCGAUGGUGAAAGUUUCCCUUGUGAAUCUAGCGUUCCAUCAAUCCAUUGUCUCGGUGACAUCAAAUUAGUGGAGCACAUUAACUGUAACGUCAAUCUAGACUUCACUGAGAAUGAAAACUUCAACUCCGGAGCCACUACAAGGUAUUUACUGUUGAGCAGUGAAUCGUUCCUCUGUCAGUCAGAGGAGCUUUUUGAGACAGAUGUGUGGGAACCAACUGUAUGGCAGACAACUAGUGUAGAUCAUGAAAUUGCUGAUAGCGCACUCUUACUUGAUUGUGCAAAUGAGUUGUUAGAAAAUAAAAGGUCCCAAUGUGCACUGGCAGUUGAUCCGUUAUCACUGAAGGCCAUUAAGAUGAGAAAAUUUUAUGUAUCCUUUGACAAGUUAGUGAAUGAAAUUUGUGAUGGGAUUGAAGUUUUGCGAAGUUACAAUAAGGUUGCUGGCAAUAACCUUUCAGCAGAUGCUCUUUAUCCACUGCUAGAAAGAGAUCUGUGGUGCAAGGCGGUGGUCGGCAGUGCAUGGGAUCUGGCUUGGAGAACUGGAUUAACUAACCAUGAAGUUGAACAAGUGGUGACUGACAUUGAGAAGUAUCUUUUAGCUGCAUUUAUCGAUGAUUUGUUGAUUGACUUCAUGCUAUAGCACUAGUACAUAUUCAGUUCGGUGAUUUAGGAACUUGACUUAUAUAAUCUGUAAAGCUGUCUCCGUGUGACCUAUAGCUCAUGGGUUCGAGCUGUGGAAGCAGUCGCUAAUGUUGCUUGCAUAAGGGUAAGGUUUUGUACAUCACACCCCUCGGGGUGCGGCCCUUCCCUAGACCUUGCUAACGCAGGAUGAUUUGUGCACAGGACUGCCCUGUGCCACUUAUAUAAUCUGUAAUUAAUAAUUCAAUAGAGGAGUUGAAAAAGGGUUUUAAGAAGCUGAGGGGUUGAAGUUAUUAGCUGUUUAAAUGCUGAGUUGAUCUUAAAUUUGUACAUUUCUUGCUGAUAUAGUUAUGUAAAUGUAGUCAAUCUAGAUAUGAUUUCUUCAAUUGCAAUUUCGAAGCUUGAUCAGCUUUGUAGAGUUUUGUCAAAGCAACCAGAUGCUGCACGUGCACCACAGUCUUGAUGAGAAACAAGGUUUCUGCAGUAAAAUCAUUGAAUUACAACUUUAUUUAGAAGGAUGCAAUAUAUGUUUUAGUUAUACAA